AUGAUAAUUUUUGUUUUCAUUUUCAUUAUUAGGACUUGCGAAGUCUUAAAUGAGGAUUAUUAUCUCUACCCUACAAAAGGAGAAAUAUUAGAAAUACCUAUGGAAAAGUUAUUUUAAGGUAAUAACUUAAUUUAUUAAUGUUCUCAAUGUCCAUAAGAUGUCAGAAUUGUGAAUGCUAUGAAUCAUAAAUAAUCAAUUGAAAAUGGUAAGUUAUUACUUUAAGCUAGAUUAUAUAUUUACAUAUGUAACAUCUUUUUAAGAUCAAAUAUUUACCUUGACUACAGAACCUUCUUUAAAUAUAUAUUUGAAAUUAAAUGGAAGUCUAACUUUGAAAAAAGUAAUUAAAAUUGAUUCAAACUUGUUAUGCUUAAGUGUUACAUAUAGAGGAAUAAAUAAUAUAAUUUUAGAUUGUUAUUAAAAUGAAACACUAAUUUUCUAUUCUUUAAAGAAUGAAAUGCUUAUUUAAAUUUACACUUCUAGCAGUUCUAUUCCAAAUAAUACUAAACUUAGUUCAAUUAUAAAUAACAAAUCUCUAUAUUUUAUAUAUGGGUAGUUUUACAGUACUUUAAAUUAAAUAAUAAUGAAUUUGACCAUAUUUUACGAAUAAUAGAACUACUUAAUAAGUACAUAUAAUUAAUAAGAAUUGGCAUAUAAUUUUGUUGUUUCACAAAGGGAAAGUACAAAUUAAACAAUAUUUAUUUAAUUAUUAAAUGAAAUUAAAACAUAUGUGUUAUCAUAAUAGGGAACUCUUUUGUAUGUCACCAAUAUAUUAUUGAAUCAAAAAAUUUUUAAUAUGGCAUACUAUUAUUCAGAAGUUGAAUAUUAUCAAUUUGAUCAAAUAUUUUUAAUAAUUUUAGAUGAUGAUUAAGAUUAUAUGUAUUUGAUAGUUAUCUUUUAUAGUGAUUCAGUGUAGAUAUAGUUAUUAGAGUCUUAAUAAUUUGUAAAGAUAAUAGAUCAAAAUGCUUAACUAUUUAUUAGUUAACAAUUCAUAAUCAUUGAAGAUCAUCAUAAAAUUAUUAUUAUGAAUAAUAAACGAUUUAAUCAAAUUAUAAUUAGAAGCUUUAAUUUAAAUCAAAGUAAUUCUGUAGUCUACUUUGAUCAAUAAACUUAAAAAUUAUACAUUUUUGGAAAAUAUAUUGAAAUCUAUACUCUUUUGGUGCCUACUUUAAUAUUUGGAUCUAAUUAAAAUAAUGGUUCAUUUUCUAUUCAUGCUUUAGAUAUAAAUGAUAAAUUUAUAAUAAGGAAAUGUCAGACUAUGAUUCAUUAUCUUUAAGUCCCAAAAUUAGAUAACAAUGUCUAUUUUAUAUUCCAACAACCAUAAUAAUCAUAUUUUAAUUUAUUAUAAUAUCCUUUUAUAUAUUGGAUCAAUUUUGUUUCAGGACCACUUGUAAAAGUGUUAACUCUAGUAAGCAAUCCAAGCCUAGGUAAUUUUAAUGAUUCUACCUUAAGAAAGCUUAAUUAAUCUUUAUAAUCAGAUUAGAACUAUUAUAUGGUCAAGGCUUUUUCUGUUAAUUUAUUCUAAGAAUGCUAAAGUUUAGAGUUAAGUUGCUUUUUUAUUGUUGCAAUAAAUAAUCAAAAUCUAGAUCUAUAUUAUAUAGGAUAAAAUUUACCAAUUAGCUCAACAGAAAUAUCUAAUUUUAAUAGUAGUGUUAUACAAAUUGAAAUAACUUUUGUUGUUUUAGAUCAAUAACUUUACUUUUUAGUGUGUUUAAGUUUUAGUUAAAAUAUUAUUUAACUUUACUAAUAUAAUGGACAAUUAUAAUUAGUAAACAAUACAACUCUUUAAACUAAUUCAUUUAGGUAAUUUUAGCUACUAUCUAAUGCUUUAGUUCUUUUAUUAGAUACAAAUUAAAUUGCUAUAAUGACAUUUGAUAACCAAUUUAAAAUAUUACUUGAUUCUAAAAUAUUAAAUCAGACUUUGGGUUAAAAAAUAGACUUUGAUCCAAUAAGUAUAUAUAUAAACUAAUAAUACUAAUCUAGAAUUUUAUACAUAAACAAUUAAAAUAGUUUUAUAAUAGGCUAAAUAACAGAAGAAUUUAAAUUUGUUUUAAUAUCAUUUAAAACAGUUAUUUUUCCAAUUGAAAAUUUAUAAGUUGUAAAUAAUCUUUUAAUUUUAUCAUAUAUCCAUCAAGAGUCGAAAGAUGUUCAAUUUGAAGUUUGGGAUGUUAAAAAAUGGAAAAAACCUUAAUUUCUAAGAUAUAUGAGAUCUUUAAUUUUUGAAUUGAAUAAAGAUACAAUAUCCUAUUACUCUGAUAAUUAGUUUUUUUAUGUAUAAAUAGGGUUAAUUGUGAAUGUUUUUAAUCCAACUUUAUCUGAACAUUCAAGUCUCUAUUAUCGAAUAAAUAUUGAUGGUAUCUAUUUCACAAGCACUUCAACAGAUAGUAUGACUCUUCUUUAUUUUAAUUAGAGUUUCUUUUAAUUUUCAUCUGUUUUACUAUAAACAUUUUUUAAUUCAAGUAUACAUUCAGAUUUCCUUUCAGAAUAAAUCUUUAAUUUUACAAUUUGUUCAUAACUUUAUGAGAAAAAUAAAAUUUAUUUUUAAAAUAAUUCAGUAACUAUAAUAAAUAAUUAUCAAUAAAUUUAAAUAAAUAAAACUAAAUUUGAUGUAAAUUAAUCUUAAUCCUAUAUUGAACUUUUUAGAAAUAAUAUUUCAAUUUAAGGUUAAGUGUUAUAAUUUAAUAUGAAUAAAAAAAGUAAAAAUUAGAAUAAUUAUACAUUGACUAAUUAUAUUAAUUAUUUUAAGUAAACUAAUAGUUCAAUCAUUUUUGAUUUAAUUAUUUAAUAUAAUGAUACUACAUUUCUGCUUAUGAAUAAUUCUAGUAUCCUAAAUUACACAAAUGGAAAUAAAUACUACUUUGGUCCAUAUAAAAAAUGUAUUUCCUCAACUGCUUAUAAUUUCUAAAUUUAUUCUUUAUGUCAAGAUAAUCAAUCAAAAAAUUAUAUUAUUAGUAUGAAUUUAUCAAAUAAAAUUAAUAACUCUUAUUUAGAAUCCAAAAUAAUUUUGACUUUAGCAAAUUUAUCUUAUAGUAAUAAUUCUUGGAUUAGAAUUAAAAAUAAUCAGCUUUAUAUUUGGAAUAACACCAUCUUUAUGUAUUCUAUUAAUUAAGAUCAAUAAAAGAAUGGAUCUUAAGAUUUUGGUUAAUUUAUUUGUAAAAGUACUUAAUUUGGAUUCUAGAGUAUUUAAAUACAAGAGAAUGAUGGUACUUAAAUAAUAAUUUAUUUUUAUUUUAAGCCAAUUCAUAAAGAUCAAUUAUAUUACAGAUUUGCAAAAGUUGGGUAAAAUUAAACAUUUAAUCGUUCAGAUGAGAAAUCAUUUCUUUUUAAAACAUAUACAUAACAAUAUCUGUCAUUUAAUACUAUACCUAUGGUUUAUUAAAAGAAAAAAGAAAUAAUUAUUAUGGUCUCUAAUUCUAAUUUUAUUUUAGCUAUUUCAUUUCUUAUGGUUAUCAAUAAAUCAAACUUCAUAGAUAGUCAUUUAAUUUUCUAAAGUUUUUUAUAAACAUCUCCACCAUUUGAUAAACAUAAUUUUAAUAUCACAUAAUUACCACAAUAUGAAUAAGGAUUAUUGUUAUUUAUGUAUUCUUAAUCAAUCAAUUUAUCAAAUUAAACAUAUAUGAUUACCUUUUACAAUAUUUCCAAUAAAUAAAAUGUUAAUUACUUAACUCCACUCUUUUUUCAAGGUGGAUAUAAUUUUACAUUAAAUAAUACUUUUCUUAGUGCUUUUUCAUUUAUAGCUCGAAAUAAUUCAUUUGGAUAAAUGUUACUCCUAUUUACUAAUGGUAGCAUUUUAGAACUUUAAUUAAAUAUUUUUUCUAUAAAUAUUACUUUAUCUGCAUAAAGAGAAAAUUUAGACUAUUAUGAAUUAUAUGCUUAAAAUUAUUUCAACUCUGCAGAGGCUGAAAUUAAUUUAGUAUUUAUAAAAUAACAUAUAUUUAAAACAACUUCCUUUUAUGUUUUGUUUGGAAUUACUUUGAUUGUACUUGUGAUAUCCUUACUACUAUAUAAUGUGUAUUCAAAAAGAAAUUAAGAUAGUCAAGAUGAUGAAGAUAAUUAUGAAUUAUGA